AUGGCUGAGCGGCAGGACUACCUUGAGGAUGGAAGCCCUCUUAUCAAGGCGGCCGAGUUGGGCAAGAUGCGCCUGGUUCGGCUGCUGGUGGAAGGGGGUGCCCAAGUCAACGAGCGCAACCAACGAGGUGAGACGCCUCUUCUAGCCACCUGCCAAGCACUGAGGGCUGACCAGUCUGGAAAUACUACCUCUUUGAGGCUCAUCCGUUUCCUUCUCCAGCACCAUGCUGAUCCCAACGCCCAGGACAAGUUUGGGCGCACGCCCCUCAUGUACGCUUGUAUGGAGCGCGCCGGAGCUGAGGUGGCUACAGCCCUGAUUUCUGCUGGCGCUGACCCCAGCAUGGAAGACUACGCCGGAGGAUCUGCGCUGGUCUAUGGCAUCAACUCCCGUGACCAGGAUACUAUCCGUGUGCUGCUUGAUGCUUGCAGGGCUAAGGGGCGUGACAUCAUCAUCAUCUCCACAGAUCUAAGCACAGGUGGUGCCACUGUUGGCCGACGCUAUCUGAACGUGCCUCCAUCACCUGACACCUCACCUGUUGCCUGCAUGUCACCCUCUGACAUCGAGCUCAAGACAGGCUCACCAAACUCUGAGACUGAGGGAGAGGGUAUCUUCAAUUUCAGAGCUUCAGGGAGGAGGGGGAGCAGAGCAGCCUCACCUCUGCUUCUAGAGCCAGAGGCAUCAGACUGCCAGCGGCUAAGUUCUGAACCAUGGCUAGCCAUCCACAACUUGGCCCACCUCAGUCGCACCUACGAAGAAAGGAUUACAAAGGGAGCUGUGCAGGAAGAAGAGGAUAAAGAGGUGAAGCACAGCAGCCAUGACUCCCUUGCUCAGCAAGUGGAUCAGAGUAGCUCCUCUAAAACUGCCAACCUCAAACCUGGCCGAACGUUUUGCAGGAACCACGCAGAGAACUUUGCUUCACCAACUCAAGCACAUCUACACAAUCGACGUAACACUCUACCUGCUCUGCCUGGACAGAAUUUACUUCAGCUUCCCACCUUAUCACUCAAUCUCUCCAGCUCAGACACACACCUACAUGACCAGCCCAGCACUAUAACACUACCACCAGUUCCUACCAGCAGAAACCUCUACCAUUCCCCUAGCAACACCAGCUCCUGUUCUCUGGCACCUCCAGCAGCUCAGUGCGGAUUUAACACCAUGAGAAAAUGGAAACCACAGGAGCAGUUAAGUUUAAAGCCCCAGACACGUAAUACGACCUUCCUGCCUCCUCUCUCAGUCAGCUCCACUGCAAACACAUCCACAUGCUCCUGUGGUGACGAGGCAAGCACUGCUCCAAAAGCUGAAGAGACCCAAAGCCAUAGACAGGAAGGCGCAAUGGGCCGGAGGCCUCCACGUCGCCACUCCAUUCAGCUGGAGCAGAUGAGACAGGAAGGUGGUACUGACGAGAUUCUCUUCAUCUUGUGAAAUGCAGAGCUCUGAAUACCAGCACACAACCCAAGUAAUACUGAGCAAGUAAUACUGAGCAAGUAAACUGAUAAAUAGAAAAACACACAACACGUACUCAUUAUAAUUAUUAAGAUGUGAUGUAAAGGAACAUCAAAUAUAUGUUGUAUAGGAUGUGUUUAAAUAUAUACAAUUGCUUAUCUUUUAACUUUAAAGCUGUGUGGGAAAGUUUGUAUACCUUUCGGACAAAUUGAAAAAUGUAUUUGAAUUGAGAAAGACAUUAAUUGGUAUGAAUUAAAUAUGAAUUAAAUAACUUCUCUAAUGUCCAUCCUUGCCUUUAUGACUGGUCCCCUGAACAUACUUUGCCCUUCCAUUUAAUUUGUCCAUGGGCUGUGCAAACUUUUGCACUCAACUCUAAGUCAUGAUUCAAAGUAUAAGUAGUAAAUCACGGUAAGGUUUUGACUUCUUUAAGGCCAUUUAU